AUUUUCCUGCUUGGCUUCAAGGCUGUAAAAUGUUACAUCUCGCAUAUUUAUUUGAGGGGAAAAAAUGGCGAGAAAUUAUUAAUAUGAAUUCUAGAGACUUAGAAACGUUGGGUGUUAGAUCAAUGAAUUUUCGACGUAGAUUAACAACAUAUUUUUGGGUUAUACGAUUAGAUCUCGUGAGUUUAUAA